AUUAGGUAACUGAGUCUGUUGUUAUGGUAGUCGAAAACCUGUUCAGUGUCGAUGAGAAUAUUUUGAUAAAUAGUCAAAUGGAGAACCAGGCACCUACUAGGAUUGUUGAGGUUCUUGAAGGUCAGUUGAGUAAUGUAGAACUAAAUGACGAAGGCAUUUAUGAAGAAACGGCCCCCAAUCUUGCAGUUCAGGCUCAAAGGUUUGAUGUCAAUCAGUUCAGUCAAGAGGAUAUCACUUACCUUAGUUAUAUAUCAGAAUCAGAUGAGAACAGAGUAGGUAAUAUUGAAGUACUUGAGGAUCGAGAGGAAAUACCCGAUGCUGCCAAUGUGUCAAUUGCUUUACCAGUCAGCAUAUUUGAUGUCGUCAAGAAAAAUAAUAUGACAGAUUUCAGGAUUGUAGUGGUUGUCUACAGCGGCAGUAAAUUGUUCCAAUCGGCUAUCUUUGUCAAUAACAGCCUAAGUCGCAGACCAAAUAGUCAAGUUAUAUCUCUUUCAGUGCCUGGAUUAGAUCGUGUGGAAUUGCAGGAACCAGUUGUUACUACAUUUAUUCCUCUUAAAAUCAAAGACAGUAUCAUAAAUACAAUGUGUGUAUUUUGGGACUUUGAACUUGACGGAGCUGGUGGAUGGUCAAGUGAGGGCUGCACGUUUGUAAAUGAAUCUGCGGAUGGGAGCGAUAGACAAUAUUGCGAGUGUUCCCAUCUAACUAACUUUGCUAUAAUUAUGGAUUUUAAGAGGGUUGAUCCUCUCCCACCAGAAGCUGAAAUUGUGACUACAGUUGGUUUAAGCAUAUCAAUCAUAUGUCUUUGCUUAACAGUUCUUACUUUAGUAACCAAAAGGUAUGUAUAUAAUUAAUUGUUGGAAUAUUAAGCAAUUACUAGAGCUCCGCAUAGUAUACUAUUGGAAAGUUAUUAUACGAAGGUUAGAUAAUGCUUGAA